GGACUCUUCAUUCUGGGGUGAGGUGGAUCUGCCGUGGGGGGCAGCUGACAGCCAUCCAAGACGCCGCGAGCCGUACUCCGCGUGAAGAAUGCCCAGCCGCGCUUGGCCAAGCCGGCCGACCCGGGCCCGACACCGGGCCUCUACAUGGAGAGAUCACAGAGCCGCAUCAGCCUGUCGGCAUCCUUCGAGGCCCUCGCCAUCUACUUCCCUUGUAUGAAUUCCUUUGAUGAGGAUGAUGGUGUGGAUACAGAUGGCAGGAAGUUGAAAGGAGCCAUCCAGAGGAGCACGGAGACAGGUUUGGCUGUGGAGAUGCCCAGCCGGACCGUCCGCCAGGCCAGCCAUGAAUCCAUAGAAGACAGCAUGAACAGCUAUGGUUCUGAAGGGAAUCUUAACUACAGCGGCAUGUGUCUGGCGUCGGAUACCCAGUUCAGUGACUUCCUGGACGGGAUGGGCCCGGCCCAGUUUGUUGGGAGGCAGACGCUUGCAAUGACAUCAUUGGGUGAUGUAGAAAUAGGCCUGAUGGAGAGGAACGGAGGUCUGGAGGUGGAGGUUGUCCAGGCCAGACAGCUCACCAUGAAACCAGGUUCAAAGGGACCUCCAGCGGCAUACAUAAAAGUUUACCUUCUAGAAAAUGGAAUCUGCGUGGCCAAGAAGAAGACCAAGUCUGUGAGGAAGUCUCUGGAUCCUCUCUACAACCAGGUUCUUGUGUUCUCUGAAAGCCCACAGGGGAAAGUAGUGCAGGUGAUUGUUUGGGGAAACUACGGACGAAUGGACCGCAAAUGUUUCAUGGGCGUAGCUCGAAUCUUGUUGGAGGAGCUGGACCUCAGCACAAUGGUGAUUGGCUGGUACAAGCUGUUCCCUACUUCCUCUAUGGUGGACCCGACAAUGGCGCCACUUAUCCGCCACUCAUCCCAGAUGUCUCUGGAGAGUACCAUCGGGCCGUGUUGUGAGAGGUCCUAAAACUGGUCAAAAACUGAGAAUGUUUUGAUGCGGUUGCUCUGAGGUCAAGUUCUUCUAAACACCAUCACUCUGCAGAUUGGAGCUGAUUGGCGUUAAGUAGUUGUCUGAAGAGGACUUUUACUGAUUUGCUGAUACUAAUGACUGCAUUCGAAUGAAAUAUAGCCUAUUAUAGUUUUUUUUCUAAUUGGAUAAGAUUCUUUCCUCAGACUCAUGAGGCCCAUUUCUUUUGUUGUUGUAACCAACCACCCCCUCAAAGGGAAAUGUUGCUAUCUUCAGAUCUCUGAUGGAAGAAAAGCAAAAACCCACUUAAUGAGGAUACUUCAAAGGCAGGCUUGGUUGCCAACAUCGAUCAGAUCCUAUUGGGACCAGAGCGGGCUCAGCUUUGCUUCAGCUUCACAUCAUCAUGGACUACGCUCAGUUCUCAUUCCCAGGACUGGCCGUUGUUCUUUCUGUUUCCUCGUUAGCAUCUGGACGGUUCCUGAGUGGGAUCGGUCCACUCGACUGGAGAACAACCAGGCUGCCAUUUUGCUGGAGCUCUACUGUGGACGCAUGAGCAACAUGACUAAAGAGGACUUUAUAAUAACAAAAUGAAGAUAUUUGUUCUGUACUAGGACAUGUGAGGGUUAAUUAGUUUUAUUUGUACACGUUCAGCUGAUUGGCUGACGGGAACAGCAAUCAGUGAAAUCCGAGGAUCCAGGUUGCUGCUCGUUUCCAUCAAUCCCAGUUUGUCAGAAAUGCAUUUUAUCAAACCCAUGAGCAGUGCCAGAUAUAAAUUAGCAAUCUUAGUCCACAAAGACCACGCGCCAUUUAGAUCCAUUCUCCAUUGUUUAGUUCUGAGGUGGUGUUGUGUUGGGUUUGAAAAAAGCAUUCAUCCUGGCAGGUUUUAAAACCACAUCUGGCUUUAAUUCAGCUGGCUGUUGCUUAAACUGAAAGAAACACAGGUUAACGACACAUUUCCCAAUAAUGCAGCGGGGGUUAUUACAACCAAGAAAGAUUUUAGUAAAAGAAAAUUGUCCAAAUCUCUUAUUUGUGUGACAAAGAAUCUAAAUUCUACUGGUCUUCUAGAAUCUUUCUUUUUGCUUAAAAUUCAGGAAAUGGCAGAAAAAUACAACUAUUGACCAUAUAAAUUAGAUUUCCUGCAUGCAAAUUUUAGACUGAAUUAGCAUUUAAGACAGGUUGCAUGAGAUUAGCACGUUUAAAGCUUGAUGAACUGGAUCCAACAGCAUGAAACAGCCAGGUGUAAAGUGCUUGAGGGGUUUUGGCUUCAUCACUUAUUUUCUGUGUUUCUCUUUUCACAUUUACAAACUCUCUGUUGCUAAAAUGCUGGUAAAACCCGAGAAUCUGAGGACAGACACUUUGCUGGCAGGACUGAGAGCUUGUUGUGAAUCCUGAUUUAACCACAGCUGAGAAUGUUGUUUAAAUUUUGCUCCGGAAGUCAAAUUCUAAUGUCCACCGUACCCUUUUUUCCAAGCUUCGGCUAACAGUUGUCUAAUAACAAUUUGUGCUGUGCCAAUUUCCACCAGCAAGUGUCUUCUCCUUCCUCUUCCUCAAUUACCUUGUGGCAUGUGCUAUUGUGAGGGAGGAGCAGUGCAGAAACGGCCACUCACAACAUCUAACAGCAGUAUUCAGGCUGGGCAGAAAAAAGCAUCCCCUUUAUUUGAAAUUAAAGCCCUCGGCUGCUGAAAGCAAAGCCACCUGCUGAUUAGCUGUGCUUUGACUCAAAUCGGACGGAGGGAAACAAAAAGGAAUAAGAGAGACGGAAAAAGAGCAUGAAAUGUACUUUGGAUCACGUGAGCAAUGGAUCUGACUAGAAUGAUGUCGACUUCAAAAAAGGACACAAAAAUAGGAUGAAUUUAAAGGGAACACAAUGUGCACAUUUUUUGAUGAGCAAACGUCUUUUAUUGGGGCACUUUAGACUUCUCUUUGUCUUUUUGUAUGUAAAUAUUACCAUUGUUUGUCUUUUGGAGUGAACCAAAGUUAAUCUGUAACUUAAGUGAUUAUUGGUAAAACUCAACAGCAGGAAGCUGAUCUCCUUGCUAGUUAUCGGUAGGCUGUAGCAUUAGCUGGUAGCAUAUGCCUGAAUGAUUAACUUCUAAUUAGCUCACAACUGGGUAGAAAUAAGCAUGUGCUGUGAGCUACACAGAAGGAUGAAAUGACUAAAAUGUAGGACCAUCUGAUUCAGAUAAAAAAAACAUAUCUCUGUAGCAAAUUCAUUCCAUCCAUUUUCUCUAAAAGGUGUCUUUAAACGUGCAUUAGGUAAGCAUGAAGUAAGAAUAACACCCUGUGUUGAAAAUUGGUUACUGCAGCCCAUUUUCAAAACACAAGGGACUUUCCCACUACCGUCCCGUGAGUUUCAUGGCUGUUGCCAGCUACGGCUCAGCACCAGAAGAUUCUACUUGAUGAGCAAAGAUGGGAAAAAACAGUGAAUUAAUAAGUAAAUAAGUACAUUUCUUUGUAAUAUCAAGGUUUUGGUAAUUGAAAAAGUAGCUUGAGACAUUUAUACAGCUGACUAAUUGUUUCGAAAUCACCAUUAGCAUUAUUAGCUCAACAUUAGCUAGCCUUCUUCACCUGAUAUUAAAGCUUCCUAGGGUUGUGGUAUACCUGCUGCUACACAGCACUGCACUGCAUGUACUACUCGAGUGUUCCACCAGGGGAGUGCUCUAGAGAACUCAGACCGAAUAGAGAGCUGGGUUUGUGGGAACAACCAAAACAAACAUGGCGUCAAGAGCCCGGUAACUGAUUAAUUGUGAGAUCACGACAGAAAAAACGGACAGAGAUGGAGUCACCAUUGGAAUGUGUCUCACUCACUUUCAACUCCACCUACUAGUUACUUGUAUAUUGCAGUGUUCUGAUGCAUUGCGUUAAUUUUGGGGGACGCACACAAGAGUGCUUAAAAUCAACGCAAGUAAUGCGUGCCAGCCAUUUUAAACAUGUGUUUGUGUCGUUAAACAGCAAGUAAUUCAUGACCUUUAGGGGUCCAAUAAAUAACUUGUGGGUCGCUCCGGUUUACUGGCCUGGGAUCUUUAAAAAAUGCUGCUGGGUUAUGCCCGCCAGUGUUAAAUUACUAAUGCCGCCACUGCAGCAUUAGCUGGCGCAGACUCUGCAACCCUGUUGUGUCACAUAUUGUAAACAAUGGUUACAUAUUUUAAGCCCAGACUCCAUGAGGAUCGGCACAAUCUUCACUGGUUCUGGUUGGCCAAAUACUAUUGGGAGCAAAUCCUUGGUCCAGUCUCCCUCUUAUACUGCACCAGGCCUGGCCAGCAGACGGGCGUGCAUUAGAGUUCUUCAGUGAUUGUUUAGGGAUUGGAUGUUACCCACUAGCGAUUAGCCUUAAUGAGCAAGGCCCACAUCUAAUAGAACAAUGACUAUAACUAAAAAGCCCCAGCCGACAGAGAAGGAAAUCUGUAUCAAUGUAACCUUCCUUCCAACAUGAUUAAGACGUUAGACUGUUUUGUGAUUAUUUCACCAUAAAAUUCUGUACAUUUAAAGAAAUUUUCUUUCAGAAUACAAACAAGAAAAACUGAAGAAUCUCAAUAAUUUCAUUUUUUAAAUUAAUGAGGUGAAUUUUUAAAACCAAAUAUUAAAAUCAGAUGAAGUCAUAUAUUAAAUCUCAUUUUUAAAUAAUAUUAAUGCAAAAGUGGCCUCAUCUCAAGCCUAAUUUAUACUUCUCCGUCUGCGUCGGGACACGCAACGCCGUUAUCCGUCUUUUUGAGGGCUCUCCGGCAGGCUUGCAAGGACGGAGGGAGUCAAGCUUUCUUUUCUAAACAUCCGUCCGUCAAGACGGAGAGCGCAAGCUUGUGAUUGGUCUGGACACCGCUGUCGUACAUUGCGCCCUCAACAACAUAAAGAGAACCGAGGAUAUCUAGCGGCAGACACGGAGAAUCUUGAAGAAUAACUCGCGGAAAAACUCUAAAACUAUGAACGUUUUAUUUCCCCGUGACUGGAGGAGUAAAGAGAUACGCAGCAAGUGUUGAAUUCGUGGAUGGGAAUGACGGAAAAUGUGGGUUUAGAGGUGACGAGUGCAUGAAGAGGAGAAUGAGAGACAAAUUUGUCCGUCUCUUAAAUACAAAAAAUUCACAAUAUAAACAUGCUAACUUGGACAGGAUACAUGACAGGGUUCCACAGAACAGCACUACGCCCUCUGAUGUCCUGGAGGGGAAUUGCUUUGCAACACUCCCCAGGAGACGGAGAAGUCUGAGGGCAAAACGUCUCCAUCUCUCCGUGCGUGUCUCACCCUCAUUGAGCUGACGGAGAAGUAUAAAUUAGGCUUUAGCCAGUAGCAGUGUUGCAGGGAUAUUAAUGUUGUUUCCAAACAAAUGAACAAACCUUUUUAUUUCCAGUGAAGCAAUAAAUCAAUAAGGUAGUUGUCACAUUUGAUUUCUGAUAACAGCACAUUUUGUCAGUUUAUGAGAGUUAUUAUAUUUAUAUCCAUGUAAAAAAAUCUUCUCAUCUUUGAAAAAAAAAUGAAAAAGAACAAAAAAAACAUAUAAAUAAAUAAAUAAAUAAGACCUAAAAUGUCCUUGAAUGAUGUUUUGCCUGGUACCUUCAUAUUGUUGUUAAAAAUCAUAAAAGCUUUCUCUGACUGGACAGUGCUAAUUGACUCGAUUAGGCUCCGCCCAAUGUUAUGUACAAACUAAAUGUGUUCAUAAAGUACAGCCAACAGGGAACCAAUUAACUUCAAGUUAAAACAAGUAAAAAGAAAACAACAAUCACUACAUAAAAUAAGAAUAAAAUGGUUAAAAUAUAUAAAUAUGUCAGAACAGCCCUAUAAUAAAAGAAAAGAUUAUAAAUCAAAAUGUAUUUUAGCUCUUUUAAAAUAUUGUUUUAGUCCCUCAUCUAGUGAAAAAUGUCACCUGUUAAAUUCACAGUGAUUGUCUGCUCAAAAAGGCUCAAAAAUCCUUAUUUUUCUUGCCAUGAAGUUACAAAAUGUUGCAUAGAUGUUAAUCUAACAUAAUAAUAGGAUGAUCAACAAGUGGUAGAUAAAAAGACAAUUUUUGAGAUGAUGUUAGAAAAGCUGUAUAAAUCAGUUAUCUCCAUAUGCAAUCCUACAUCGUAUAAUAACUUGUGUGCUUAUGCCUGGUUUUCUCCAUGUCUACACUUUUCUAACACGCUACAAGAAGAUUUUUCAUUCCAGCUAAACCAAGUAAUUUGAUCUUUCUGUACUAAACUGAAAAUAUGAAGUAAUGAUGCACGAUAGUUCCUUAGAUUUUGUUAAGAUGCAGCAUAAAGAGAGUUAGUCAUGUGAGGCUGACUUAAAGGUCCCUGUCUGUUGAAGACGACAGCUUCUAACACUCAUUAAGAUCUAGAUCAGGGGUAUUCAAUUCCGGGCCUGGAGGGCUGGUAUCCAGCAUGUUUAAAUUUCAACUCUCUUUCAACACACCUGAUUUCAGAGCUUGAUGAGCUGCUGCAUAGGGGAUUCAACCACUGCAUCAAGUGUGUUGGAGCAGAGAAACCACUAAAACGUGCUGGAUACCGGCCCACCAGGUCCAGAAUCGAGUACCCCUCUUCUAAAUGUUUAACAGCUUCUCUGACAGUUCCUCUUAUGGCAGCAUGUCUGUGCACAUUGAACUUUUGAAUGUUGGUUACAGGUGCAGACUUUAGUUGUGUUUCCACUAAAGGAAUUCUGGGAAGUCUUCCAGGAGACGUAAUGGCUCCAUCCUCUCAGCCGCCGUGUCUGUAUCCAAAAUUGUCUCUUUAAAGCUGCUAUAGCAAAUCUGCAAACAAGCUAGGUUUUGAAUGCCAACAUGGUCACCCCUCACCUCCGAUAUCUUCACUGGCUCUGCGUUCACUGGAAACCCUCAUUGCCAUAUGAAACAUGAGACAGCUAAACACCAGUCGCAGUUUUCUAGGUCCAUAGCCUUUAUUGUCCAUGACUUCGAAUGGUGUUUUUCGUUUUGGGACUCCGGCAGUUUGCCCUAAAGUUGAAGUGGUAGCAGCCAGCUGUUUCUCCUUCUCUGAUUUUACUGAGCUGCGAACCUCUCGCAACUGUGUAAUAAAUGGAGGACCCUGGGAAGGGCAGUGGUUUGACGAGACUGAUAACCAGAUGGUCCAGUAGUUACAUUUGGUCCAAGCUGUGUUAUUGGCAGAGGUCUUUGGACAAAUGCAAGUGAACCACUUUAAAAAAUGUAUUUUUUUCCACAGUAUAUUUAUAACUGUUCUAUGUUAGAAGGUAAGAAGCUUGAAACAUUUUUUAAGCUAGCUUAUUUCCUAAAUUUGCUACAGCAAAUUGCUAACACGUCAUCUUAUUGCAACUGCUUUGGCAGCGAAUGACGUCACUGAUCAGAAAAAGUGGCGUUCAAUGACUUGAAAAAAUGUGGGUUUUUUAAGAUGCUCUAUGAGACAACAAAGCAGCGAGAAUUACAACAUUGUGAGGGGGAUUUUUGCAGCAUUUUUGGAUACUGGAAGUUUAGAAACAGCAAUUUAAAAGAAUCAUCAAUGCAUUUUCCUUUCAUUCUAAUCUGCUUCAACAGCAGCUCUUCCAGUUUUACAAAUGCCGAUUGUUAGACAACUUCUGCUGAUUUUAUUUCCUACUGAGUUACAACCAAUUAGCAUGAGUUAACUACAAGUCCCGCUCAGCAACUGACACUGAAACAGACCUUUCCGAGUGCAUACCUCUGUUCAGGUAACCUCCCAUUAGUCAUCUUCACACUCUGGUGAAAUUACACCUUCACAUUUGACCCAUCCCCAUUUGGAGCGAUAAGCUGCAGCAGUGGCUGCGCUGAAGAACUAUAUGGUGUUUUAACCCCAAAUCCAGCCCCUUAAAGCUGAGUGUCAAGCAGGGAGGUAUUGGGUCAUUUUAAAGUCUUUGGUAUGACCCAACCGAACUUGAACCCCAACCCCCCUGUUCCAGGAUGGACACUCAUGCCACUAGGCCACUGCGAAGAUACUCCAUUGGUUCUUGAAAUGAUCCGGUGAAAUGGAGACACGAGCAUGCUGUGAAGGAUCUGUAAAAUUGCCUGGACGUUCCAAAAGUAGAAACAGGCCUAUUAGCAAAAACGCCAACAGGUUCAAGAAAUCCUUCUUCGGUAAUACUUAGAAAAAUGCAUCACCAGAGCUAGAAGGAAUAAGAAUCAGUUUGUUGGACAUUGUUGUGUAUUUUUGUUUCAUCAGUCCACCACUUUCUGUUUAUUUGUGCUGGUUUGUACCUGUAUAGUUAACUGAAUGAGCUACUUAAUUAUAAAUGUUUUAGUCGACAUACUCGGCACCAAAAAUUGUACGUUUUUAUGUUCCCUUUGAUUAUGUCUGUCACUUGAAUGUUCAAAUGUGUAUUUCUAUCAAUUGUAAUGUAAGUAGAGGCCUUAAAACAAAUUUACAUUUUGUCAGGGCUAAGGACAAGAAAUUGUCACAUUAUCUUCUGAAAACAACGCAAAAAAUUUUAGAAUAUGACCGUCUCAACCCAUUUCCUGUGGCGGUUUUAUUUCUGUGUUCCCGAUAAAUUUCUUCUAACCUGAUAUUUCAGGUUUACAUUUUUGUUUACCAACCUUCUGGUUUGGAUUUCUGGUUUGGACUUGGAAUAUUUCAAUAAUUUAUAAGUAACUUCUCUUCCAAAAGAACAUCUUUUUAUGCAAAAUUCAACACAGUGGAUUCUCAAUUCUCUUUCAAUCUCUAAUGUUUCAGGUUUAUUGCCACCUAGUGGCUUAAACAUACAAUUGCAGUCAAUUAACCUGCUUACUUUCCAGCUGUGCUACACUGCCUCACGUAUCUGUGUGCUGAGCUGUUACACACGCAUAAACUCAAAUUAUAUCACACCUUUAUUUCUGUGCAGCUACAACAUAUUCAGCUCCUCUGGACACACUUUCCACAAGGUUUAGGAGUUUGUUUUUGUGAUUGUUCAACCUUUUUUGAGAAUCACAUUGGUAAGGUGAGGCACUGAUGUUGGAAAGGACGGUCUCCACUCUAAAACCAUCUAUGAUGUUGCAGGCCAGGCAAAACUCACUCUUCCAUGUCUUGAUUGUAACCCAUGCAUCUACUGCUUUGAUGAAGUGUCCCACUAUAGAACCCGCUAUAGAAAUGAUAUUUUCUUUUCUUCUUUCUUCUUUUUUCACUACUUUUGGGAUUGGUAUAUCUCAGAGACGGCAAUUGUUUUCCAACAAAGCAAAAGUGCAAUCCUGCAGUAACAGUUGCAGCACCAAUAAAAUACAAAAAGAACAUUUUCACUUUACAUUAAAACAGGUAUUUUGAAGAGUUGCAUUUGUACAAAAAUAUCAUCUUAAAGCUGAAAUCUGAAGUUUUUUUUCCUCAGAGUGGACCAUAUACACCAUAAUCCUUGGCCGGCUGAUCUAGAAACGAUUAUGCGUGCAACAUCCGGUGAGAUACCUGAAGCUGCUGUCCUGCAUGGUGACCUUUCUUUCCUUGUCGCAGUCUAUUUAAACAUUUCAAGAGGAUUAAAAACCUAUUUGCCCCUGAAGAAUGUUCUGGCUUUUAAGUAAAUAAGAUUGUGUCCCACCUCCUUCAACCACACACGACAAACCUUAUUACUAUGUAAGUACUGAUAUGCCUCGGAGCUCACAACAGAGUUAGGAAAGUAGCUAAAAUGCUACUGUAUGUUAGCUUCGGCCAGAUUUUCUUAUCAUCCCCCACCCCUUUAUUCCAGUAGGCAGGGAGACUGUCUCGUUUGAGCUGUGACAGCUGAUGUUCCCAUUUAGUUUAUGUCUCAAAAAGCCCCUAAAAUGUGGAUUAGCACGAACGGAUUGUAUCACCCAUCUAUAGUUGCAAUGUAAACAAACACUGGACUGGAAGUAGGUCACAUAUUUCACACACAAAGAAUCUUGGGGGCUAUAAGGUGGAUAGAGGCAGAAAAAAAUCUAUUGCACCAUAAGCCCCUCUCCCUACUUCCGUUAUCACUGUCCCUUAACAUUCAUGGACUCGCCGAUCUUGACUCACGACAGGGAAGGCUGUUGUUUUAGUGACCAGAAGCGUUUCGGCUAGCGGAAGCUAACCUUUAGCAUUAUCUAAUACACCACACGGCAGAAGUUCCCCAGGCUUGUGUUAUUUGUGGAGAUAAAACAUCAAUGUUGCAAACAGAGUCAGUGGUAGAGUCAGGUUGCUGUUAGCCAAUCCGAGGCAAGAAAUCCAAACAUCAGGAAGUACUCCUACUCCUGCCGUGCUAAGCUCUCCUCUGAUGUGGCAAACUUGUCCCUGCUGAUGCAACAGAUUUUUGGGGUGUUUUGUUGCCCUAAGUAUGGCUUGCAAGGCAUUAAUUCUUACCAGACACCACUGCAAGUGUAUUUUUUAAACAAGUAUACCAAACCUUUAAAGAAUUACUUGUCCGUCUGCAUCAGUAUGUCCACAGAUGCAUGCGAACGUGCCAUGAUGGACAUGUGUACGUAAGCCGGUCUCUAAUGCUAUUGGCUGAGCGGUCAUCGCUUCAAAUCGCAUGGGGCUCUAAGGGACAUUACAUCACAGAAAAGGGUCAAACUAUUCCUUUUAUGGAUUUAAAAAAAACUGUUAAUUACUGAAAGGAGAAAACUCUGGAGUCCAGCUUUAAGGUCACCAACCCAGCAAACAUAAAUAUAAAAAUGAGGAAACUCCACGGAGAAAUAGUUUCACGUGAAGUCUGCUCAUGCAGGAAUAUCAAGCAGCCAGUUUGCACCUCAAAGCUUCUUCAGUAACAGGAAAUUAAAGAACAGGUUGCAAAUUAAAGUGACAGUUUGUCCUUUUCUUGACUCAUCACAUCACAUUUUAUUCUGGAGAAAAGGUGGAUGAGUGGGAGGAUCAAAGAGUCAUUUGUUUGCUGGUGUUAAACAGGGACUGGUGGAUCCCAGAGGCAGAACAUUUCCUCUCCUCUGCUGUAAGACAACUGUUAUCAAAACUACACCCCCCCCCCCCCCCACCCCCCUGCAUCUCUCAUAAAAGCCAUCUGGUAGAUCGUCACACCCGAAGCGUGUCUUUCAGCAUCGUUACUAAUAAAUGUGUCUCUUGUCUUUCAGCUUGAGUUUCUCAUCCAGAUGUAUUUAAGUGUUCUAGCCCCGUUGCAUCUUCUUUCAUUGCUCUAAUGAUAAAAAGCCAUAAAUUUUAUUACAUUCACAGCCUUAAAAUCUCAUUUCAAACUUGUUUGAGCACCCAAAAGUGAUUGGGAGAUGAUGGUUUAGUUUGGGAAGCUGUGCGAUGGUUACAGGUCUUCUCACAUCUUCAUGUACAUGAGAGACGAGUGACUUUUGGAAGCAAGUGGAAUGCAAAUCUGUUUUCUUCCAAAAAGAGCGUAACUCUCCAAAAUUGAGCCGCACCUUAAAUUGGUUAAACACCUGUCAGCAGAUGUGUCUGCUCUUCAGGUGUUUCACUAGAAGAACGCCACAUUUUGCAUUUGAGCAAAGUCUGGUUUUCUGAUUUCCUUUGUUCUCAUUUGUUAAUUAGAAUCAAUAAAAGCUCAUUGAAGCUCAAUGUUAGCAAAGCAUUAAGCAGCAGCAUUAUGUCUACAUUGCUUUUAUUUAUAGCUCAUGCUUCUCAACCUUGAAGACAUGAAUAUUAUUAGAUAAGGGAGAACAACUAUGUAAGUAUAGUUUUAUUCACUGCAUUUAGAAAACAACAUGAUUUGCAGAUUCUUUGGGAACCUGUUUCCGUUGUUUUAAAAGAUGCACAAUUUGGUGUAUUGCUAUUCUGUUUCUGCUGUCAAUAAACUAGUUUAACUUCACUG